AUGGAGUGCCACGCCUCGCUCCCCAAAAACGUGGCCCUACUCCAUUUCGCCGGGGAGCCAGAGACGGCUCGCAGCGCCCAUUUAUACCUCGCGCACCGGCCGAUUAAACGCUACACCCAAUUCAAUCUGGGACCUUUGGGAGGCGACGGGCUCUCCUCUCAGAGUCCGGCUCCGAAUCAAACACCAAACAAACGAAAGGGCUCUCCAUCACAGCAGGAACUUCGUCGGAAACUUUUGAAAGGCAUGCCAAGAGAUCUCUCCCUUCCCGCCAUCGUGAGCUCGGCAGGGUCUAUGAGUGCGAAUUUGGCAGGGCCGGUGGCCGUGGUGGAACACAUUGUCCGCCCCUCUACCGUUCUCGCCAUCAGGGAGUUUCCCAAAGAAUCGAUCGACGAGACAUUGGAUAGAUUCAAACGUAUCCGACACGACAACAUCAUUCUCGCCCUGGAAUGCUUUCGGACCGCAGAUCUUCUUCAUGUCGUAUUUGAACAUCAGCCGGUUUCUCUGGACCACCUGGUCGCUUGCAGAAAAUGGCCCAGUGAGAUUCAGUUAGCUUCUGUUGUGGCACAGAUUCUCAACGGCCUGUCCCAUCUAGCGGCGAACGGCCUCGAACAUAGAUCUCUAAGUGGUUCCAGCGUCCUGGUGGGCUACGACGGGUCGGUGAAGAUCGCGAGGCUAGAGAGCUGUCAACCUUGGACCGCGAAUCUACCACGGGAGCGAGAGAUCAAGGCGUUGGGAGUCGUGGUGAUGGAGCUGAUGGACAAAGACGCCAAGGAGGAUGGAGCUGUCGGGGUGAACGACCUUCAACGUUGGCCGUCGGGCUCCAAUGCGGUCGGGUUUCUGUCAGCGACCACUUCUACAGAUUCUCUUGAUGAGUUGAAGAAGCAUCCACUCGUGACAAGGCGACGGUGGAGUAAGGGUUACCUCGUCAGGCUGGUCUCCUUCGCCCUGAUAUCUACACGCACGUUCUACUCUGGCUUUGAUUGA